AUGUCCCCGUGGAAUUUUGCAGCAGUCGUUUUGUGGCUUGUAAUAUGUGCAUCUACUGGAAGCAGCGGCAAUGAAAACCAUAUGACUUCGCACCAAGCUGACGGCCCGAUUGUAGAGACAAAAUACGGUAAAGUACAGGGAGUUUUCCUCGAUGGCGCAAAGGUCUUUUACGGGAUUCCGUUCGCUGAACCUCCCACUGGAGAUAAUCGUUGGAGAAAUCCAACGCCACCGAAAAGUUGGUCUCCCGAUAUCUUGCAGGCGACGAAAAUACCACCAGCGUGCCCCCAACACUGUGCCUUGCCUCCACUGAUGUGUGCGAAUGAGACAAGUGAGGAUUGUCUUUUAAUGACAGUACACGCGCCAUUAACAUCAACUCAUCUAUCAAAUCUACCGGUGAUGGCGUACAUCUAUGGCGGCAGAUAUAUAAUGGGCAGUGGAUAUAAUCUGUUACAGGAUGGGCGUUAUCUCGUGAACCACUCCAAUAUCAUCCUUGUAGAGUUCAAUUAUCGAAUAGGUGCUCUUGGGUUUCUUGUUGCUGGGAAAGGUAAAGAUGCCGCAACUGGUAACUAUGCUAUCCAUGAUCAACGUCUUGCCUUGCAGUGGAUACAAGACAACAUUGUUGCUUUUGGUGGAAAUCCAGAUUCGGUGACUAUUUUUGGUCAGAGUUCUGGUGCUGAAUCUGUAUCGAUCCAUCUGAUUUCUGAGAAGAGUGAACACCUUUUUCAUAGAGCUAUAAUUGAAAGUCACCCAUUUGCCCUUCCAUACAGGGUUCAUGCAGAUGCCAUUAUUCUUGGCAACAAACUUGCCAAAGUCCUGAACUGUUCAACUGCUGACAUGUCUUGUUUGAGGUCGAAAUCAUACGAGGAGAUACUCGAUGCUCAGGAAAAAGUUGGUGGCGAAAUAGUGAACCCAUUUCGCCUGCUUGAGUUAUUUCAACCCUGGGGUCCAUGGGUUGGCAGUGAUGACGUUCCGGAACAACCAGUUGAUGCUUUUUAUUAUGGGCUAUUCAGUCACAAGCCAAUAAUGAUCGGUUCUACUUCUGAUGAAGGACGCGCAAAUGUGUUCUUAGCUUAUAAAAAGCCAAUAAGCAAAUCCCAGUAUUAUGAGACAAUUAUUGCAGACUUUAGACUACGAGCGCUUGAUGUAUUAUACCGAUAUCCACCAACUAAACUAGAGAGUGACGAUCAGCGGGAAGUCUUAUCGAUAGUUGCUCACCAAUACAUGUUUGUCUGCCCAGAACAAGUUUCAGCUCGUGGAAUAUCAAAAUACAGUGAUACUUGGCUGUAUGUAUUUGAUCACGCAAUCUCAUUUGAUGCAUGGGGUCCCAACUAUCAUUGUUGUGUUAAUCACCCUUGUCACGGAUCUGAACUCCCAUUCAUCUUCCAUUCCCCAUCUCUUGCUGGUUUCAAUUUCACAAUAGAGGAAGAAAGUCUCUCUCGUAGCCUGAUGUAUUAUUGGACAAACUUUGCUCGCACUGGAGAUCCAAAUAACAGUGGCUCUGAAUGCAUGCCCCUUAAACGAGAUGGCUUUACAAAGUGGCCUAAGUAUGACAAGUCAAAAAACUGGCAAUAUCUUCGUUUUAUGACCCCUCAAAAUGUAGUAAUGGAAAAUUACCUGAGCAAAGAAUGUAACUUCUGGGAUUCUUUAAAUUACUACCCUUGA